ACACCAAGGUUAAGAGCAGACAUGAAGCGUUUAUCAUCACCCUGGUGGUGUGUUGUUGGUACUGCGAUAGCCAUGGUACAGCCUCUGUGGAGUGUCAAGGAAACUGACAUACAGUAUAUGAAGCAUCUGGAAAGUAAUGAUGAAGAUGGCGAUUUAAUUACCUCUACAGACGAUAACGCUACAACUAUUUUUACUGGGAGUACUGAUUCUUCCACUUACACUACAGAUGAAGAAGUGAAUAACAGCACCACACCUAGCACUACUGGUCCUACACCUAGCACUACUGGUUCUACACCUAGCACUACUGGUUCUACACCUAGCACUACUGGUUCUACUACCACCACCAUCAAACCAAACAAACUGACGGGUGGUGCCAUCGCUGGCAUCGUCAUUGGGUCAAUUGCAGGUGUGGCGCUCAUCAUUGGUGGAAUUUACUUCAUGAAAGUCAAGGGGGUGUUGUGUUUCAAGUAAGGUCAAGGGAAAAAAUAGCAUAACACAGUAAAGGAAGAACAAUGUGUAAGUGCAAAAUCGAAACAAAAAAAUUAACAGCAAAAUAUCAACUAGAAACCUCAGUUUUGAGUUUCAAAUGAAAAUUAAUUAAAUUUGUUUUUAACCUUAUAAUCUCAGGAAAAAAUGGACAGCCUAUUAAAAAUUAAGAAUAUAUGUAAAAUUGUCUAUUUUGUAACUACAGCGGCAAAGCUCGGCUCCUGGCGUCCUGUCUUCAGUAUUAAAAAAAAAAAAAAAAAAAAAAAAAAAAAAAAAAAAAAAAAAAAAAAAAAAAAAAGUGUCAUAUUGAGACGAAUUUUUUGUAACUUCAAAGAGCGAGUGCGUGCAUGUGUGUGUUGAUCUGUAUAAUAUGUAUAAUUAUAUUUUAUAAUACUAACAA